AUGCGUUUUUUAUUUCUCCUUGGCAUCUUCAUCUCCUGCUCCUGCGCCCGCGGAGGCUGUGAGCCGAAGAUUGUAAACAUCGGAGCGGUUCUGAGCCAGAAAAGGUUCGAACAAGGGUUCAAAGAAGCAGUUGCCCAGGCCAACACACUGUACGGGAAGGAUAAGUUCAAGCUGAACGCCAUCUCUGUUACUCACAAACCCAACGCCAUUCAGAUGGCCCUCUCUGUCUGCGAGGACCUCAUCUCAAACCAGGUGUAUGCUAUCCUAGUGAGUCAUCCGCCCCAGUCCAACGACCAUCUAACCCCAACGCCAGUCUCCUACACCGCCGGCUUCUACCGCAUCCCCGUGGUCGGGCUCACCACGCGCAUGUCCAUCUACUCCGACAAAAGUAUCCACCUGUCCUUCCUGCGCACCGUCCCGCCCUACUCCCAUCAGGCCCAGGUGUGGUUCGACAUGAUGCGCGAGUUCCGCUGGAACCACAUCAUCCUCAUCGUGAGCGACGACCACGAGGGGCGGGCCGCCCAGAAGAAGCUGGAGACGCUCCUGGAAGAGAGAGAGACCAAGGCAGAGAAAGUUCUCCUGUUCAGCCCAGAGACCAACCUGACAUCUCUGCUGCUGGAGGCCAGGGACCUGGAGGCGCGGGUCAUCAUCCUCUCUGCCAGCGAGGACGAGGCCGCAGCCGUGUACAAGGCCGCGAGGCAGUUGAACAUGACAGGCUCUGGUUACGUGUGGCUGGUCGGAGAGAGGGAGAUGUCUGGUAAAGCUCUGAGCGAGGCCCCAGAUGGCCUGCUGGGGCUCCAGCUGAUCAACGGGAAGAACGAGUCGGCCCACAUCACGGACGCCGUGGCGGUCGUGGCCCAGUCCCUCCAGGAGCUGUUUGAGAAGGAGAACAUCACGGAGCCGCCGCGAGGCUGCGUGGGCAACACCAACAUCUGGAGAACCGGCCCACUAUUCAAACGAGUGCUGAUGUCGGCUAAGUAUCCAGACGGCCUGACAGGAAGGAUCGAGUUCAACGACGACGGAGAUCGUCGCUUUGCCACUUACAGCAUCCUCAACUACCACAAGACUCGCAUGGUGCAAGUGGGCGUGUUCAACGGAACGCAGGUGGUGAUGAACAACCAAAGGAAGAUCAUCUGGCCUGGGGGAGAGACCGAGAAGCCCAGAGGAUACCAGAUGUCCACCAGGCUGAAGAUCGUGACCAUCCACCAGGAGCCGUUUGUGUACGUCCAGGCCACCAAGCCUGACGGAACCUGCAAGGAGGAGAAGGCCGUCAACGGAGUCACCAUGAAUAAAGUCAUGUGUAACGGGCCCAACGGAACCAUCCCAGGCCAGCCUAUCGUUCCACAGUGUUGCUACGGUUUCUGCAUUGAUCUGCUGAUCAGGCUGGCCAAUACCAUGAACUUCACCUACGAGGUUCACCUGGUGGCUGAUGGGAAGUUUGGGACCCAGGAACGUGUCAACAACAGCAAUAAGAAGGAGUGGAACGGGAUGAUGGGGGAGCUGCUUGGAGGCCUGGCCGACAUGAUCGUGGCUCCUCUCACCAUCAACAACGAGCGCGCUCAGUACAUUGAGUUUUCCAAACCGUUCAAGUACCAGGGCCUCACCAUCCUGGUCAAGAAGGAAAUCCCUCGCAGCACUCUGGAUUCCUUCAUGCAGCCGUUUCAGAGCACACUGUGGCUGCUGGUGGGUCUGUCGGUCCAUGUGGUGGCGGUGAUGCUCUACCUAUUAGACCGGUUCAGCCCAUUUGGAAGGUUUAAAGUGAAUAGUGAAGAAGAAGAAGAAGAUGCCCUCACCCUCUCCUCUGCGAUGUGGUUCUCAUGGGGAGUGCUGCUCAACUCCGGGAUAGGAGAAGGAGCACCCCGGAGUUUCUCAGCAAGAAUCUUAGGUAUGGUGUGGGCUGGGUUUGCCAUGAUCAUAGUGGCAUCCUACACUGCCAACCUGGCAGCCUUCCUGGUGCUGGACCGGCCUGAGGAGCGCAUCACCGGCAUCAACGACCCCAGGCUGCGUAACCCAUCAGACAAGUUCAUCUACGCCACGGUGAAGCAGAGCUCCGUGGACAUCUACUUCCGGCGGCAGGUAGAGCUCAGCACCAUGUACCGCCACAUGGAGAAGCACAACUACGAGUCUGCUGCCGAGGCCAUCCAGGCCGUACGAGACAACCUGCUGCAUGCGUUCAUCUGGGACAGUGCCGUGUUGGAGUUUGAGGCGUCCCAGAAGUGUGACCUGGUGACCACAGGAGAGCUGUUCUUCCGUUCUGGCUUUGGCAUUGGUAUGAGGAAGGACAGUCCCUGGAAGCAGAACGUGUCGCUGUCCAUUCUCAGUUUCCAUGAGAACGGAUUCAUGGAAGAUCUAGACAAGACCUGGGUCAGGUACCAGGAGUGUGACUCCAGGAGCAACGCCCCGGCAACACUUACGUUUGAAAACAUGGCUGGUGUGUUUAUGCUGGUUGCCGGGGGCAUCGUCGCAGGGAUCUUCCUGAUCUUCAUUGAGAUUGCCUACAAACGACACAAGGAUGCCCGUCGGAAGCAGAUGCAGCUGGCCUUUGCUGCGGUCAACGUCUGGAGGAAAAACCUGCAGGAUAGGAAAAGUGGUAGAGCAGACCCCGAGCCCAGACAGAAAGACUCUUUUAGGUCCAUCAGUUCCAACCUGGGCUCCAGCGUCAAGAGGCCUAGGUCCUCCAGAGACACGCCCUACCCGACAGACAUAACUGGACAGCUCAACCUAGCAGAUCCCUCCGUCAGCACCGUGGUGUGAGCGGGAGGAACAAGAAAGAGAGCGAUCGAGGUAAAGAGAGACUGAAGAGAGAGAGACGAUCCUGGUUUGUUGGGACCACGCUGCUGUGCUUCCGGGGCCACCGCCC